CACAUGCCAUUUUUGGACUAGACAACUUCCGAUUCAAUGACGACUGCUGUUACGCUACUAUCAAAAUAGGGAACAUGACGGAGGAAAUCUAACUAUUGGUGCACUGAAAAUCCCCAUAAAUGCUGCGAUAGUAUAUCAGGGUUCAGUGUGUGCGUCAGGUGUGGAUGGAGUCAGUAACAUCAGAGCACCCAGCAUAGUAAUCACAGACAGGACAAUCCGAAGAAGUCCGUGUUCAGACCAACAGCCUGCACAUCGGCAGGCAGGGGGAGAAUGGUCAAGUACUUCUCUAACGAUGUAGACAUCAGGACCACGUGGGACCAUGUUGUCUCUGCCUUCUGGCAGAGGUAUCCCAACCCAUUCAGCACCCAUGUUCUCACAGAGGACGUGGUUCUCCGUGAGGUGACGGCGGACCAGCGGCUUCUCUCCAGACGCCUGCUCACCAAGACCAAUCGAAUGCCUCGCUGGGCUGAGUUCCUCUUCCCCUCCAACCUAUCACGCUCCGUCUACAUCGUAGAGGACUCCGUCGUCGACCCGGUCACCAAGAGCCUCACCACGUACACCUGGAACCUCAAUCACACUACGUUAAUGACUGUGGAGGAGCGCUGCGUGUUCCAGGAGUCAGAGGACCGGCCUGCCUUCACGCUGCUCAGACGAGAGGCCUGGAUCUCUUCUGGAGUCUACGGCUUCUCCAGACCUAUCCAGGAGUUUGGCUUGGCCCGCUUCAAGAGCAACCAGGUGAAGGCCAUGAAGGGCCUGGAGUACGCUCUGUCUAACUUACACGGAGAGGCACCCCAGCGCCAGCCCUGCGUCCGGGACACAGUGAAGACUGCUACAGAGAAAGCCAAGACCCUGGCCUCGGCCGCCGCCCCGCAGAAACAGCCCCAGCAGUACGUGUGACAACAGGGGAACAUCCACUGCCACCGGCUGGAACGGGACACUGUGCACGCAGUGGCAGGCACAAGCAACACAUUCACAUGCAACACACAGGCUGGCCAAUUCUGAUCUUUUUAAGAGCUGAUCUGAUUGGUCAAAAGACCAUUUUGUAAGGAAAAACACAUCAGAAUUGAGCUGUGCAUGCACACUCUUUUAGCUGCCUUUUCAUUGACUGGAAGCUUGCUUGUAUCAAGGUCUCGGUGUACAGUAUGUGUACAAUAUGUCCAUCUAAACCACUAAAAGCUCUGCUCCUCUGGGGUUAGGCUCUGCUCCUCUGGGGUUAGGCUCUGCUCCUCUGGGGUUAGGCUCUGCUCCUCUGGGGUUAGGCUCUGCUCCUCUGGGGUUAGGCUCUGCUCCUCUGGGGUUAGGCUCUGCUCCUCUGGGGUUAGGCUCUGCUCCUCUGGGGUUAGGCUCUGCUCCUCUUAUUUUCAUUAGCAUAGCAUUAAUACGUCUCAGGUACUGAGCCCCUGUCUGUCUGCCUGCCACAACCUAGGGACAUGUUCAAUAGGCCCCAAAUGCGAGAAAAUGUUCUCAAACCGAGUGAAACCGAGAUAAAAGUAUGUGGACAGCCCUUCAAAUGAUUGGAUUUGGCUAUUUCAGCCACACAUGUUGCUGACAGGUGUAUAAAACCAAGGACAGUCAUGCAAUCUCCAUAGACAAACAUUGGCCUUACUGUAGAGCUCAGUGAUUUAACGUGGCACCGUCAUAGGAUGCCACCCCUCCAUCAAGUCAGUUCGUCACAUUUCUGUCCUGGUCAACGAAGUGCUGUUAUUGUGAGGCGGAAACGUCUAGGAGCAACAACAAGCUCACAGAAUGGGACUUCCGAGUUCCAAACUGCCUCUGGAAGCAACGUAAGCGCAAUAAUUGUUCGUCGGGAGCUUCAUGAAAUGGGUUUCCAUGGUUGAGCAGGUGCACAAAAGCCUAAGAUCACCAUACGCAAUGCAAAGCAUCGGCUGGAGUGGUGUAAAGCUCGCUACCAUUGGACCAGCGGAAAUGCAGUCUUUGGAGUGAUGAAUCACGCUUCACGAUCUGUCAGUCUGACGGACUAAUCUGGGUUUGGCGGAUGCCAGGAGAACACUACCUGCCCCAAUGCAGAGUGCCAAAUGUAAAGUUUGGUGGAGGAAGAAUAAUGGUCUGUGGUGGUUUAUGGUUGGGGCCCCUUAUUUCCAGUGAAGGGAAAUCUUAACUCUACAGCAUGCAAUGACAUUCUAGACGAUUCUGUGCUUCCAACUUUGUGGCAACAGUUUGGGGAAGGCCCUUUCCUGUUUCAGCAUGAUGCCCCCGUGCACAAAGCCAGGUCCAUACAGAAACGGUCUGUCGAACUUGACUGGCCUGCACAGAGCCCUGACCUCAACCCCAUUGAACACCUUUGGGAUGAAUUGGAACGCCGACUGCAAGCCAGGCCUAAUUGCCCAACCUCACUGGCUGAAUGGAAGCAAGUCCCCGCAACAAUGUUCCAACAUCUAGUGGAAAGCCUUCCCAGAAGAGUGGAGGCUGUUGUAGCAGCAAAGGGGGGGACCAACUCCAUAUUAAUGCCCAUGAUUUUGGAUGAGCAGGUGUCCACAUACUUUUGGUCAUGUAGUGUACUUUCUGAACUUAUCCAAUAGAAACACUUUUCUGUUGCAAAAUGUUUUUAUACGGUGUGCCAUAAAGAACACGACCCUGACUUGAGUAAGCUCUGGGAUACAUCUCUUGUGCACUCAGUGAGGCCUGUUUUGAAAAGCAUAACGUGACAGAUCAGACAUGCCAAAUAACAGUGAAGGUACCAAGACAAGCUGAAGAAAUAAUGUAAACUCCACAACACUGGAUGCAUGCUGGAGUUUGAGAGUUUAUCAAAUAAUAUAAAUGAUUAGUAAUUAUUGUAUUACCCUUCAACUGCGUCGUUUGACUGAAUUUGUCAGUGAGGUCUACGAUUGAUUUGUUGGAUAUAUCAAGCUAUAUCAAAUUAGGAAUUUGACUUGACAUUUACCAGGGACAGUUGAUGUAUUUAAUGUGUUUUAUUGUACAUUAAUAAUGUAUUAGUCUGACAUUGGUUUGUCUGUCUGUCUUAAUGUUUUUGCUGCAUUCCUUUUAAGGUAGAACUAGCUAUUAGGAUUUUGAAAUCAUUUUGGCUGUGAUUUUAGACUGGAGGAAAUUGUCAUAUGUCUUAACAUUGAAAGAAUACUGUACUUAAAUAAACAUCAUUUAAUGUUAUUUGGGAUACAACUUUAUCAAUCUUAUUUCAUUUAGUUUUGGUUCAGGCAUUGUAAACUACUGCAUAUUAUUGUCAUGAAAUUGUGUAAUGUUCAAUGCCAUGGUUGUCAUAUUCUUAUGAACUAAGUCGCUGUGAUGCUAUUGCAGUAAUCUGACAACAGGGGGCCUGAAACAAGCCUGUAGAAGUUCAGCCAACUAUUUAAAGGGGCAGUGCAUUCAGGGAUUUAUAUAAGUUGGAAUAAUACUGUGAAAUGGUCCUUUUUAGCAUGAGAGCUGUUGGAAAAGACUGCCUGAACUUAUUGCAUUUUGCUAAGAAACUAUUCUUUCUUUGACGAUUUUAACUCUGGGUUUUAAUUGUUACCCAGAACUGAUUUGAUAUUGAGAUGAAAACGGCUGCAUUGGACCUUUUAUAUUACUGUUUGGCAAUUUUCUCCAUAAAUCACUUCACCUUCCUGUGUUUAUCAUUCUCUCCAGUCUCCACCAGACUAGAGGUUAUUUUACAUAAAUCACUUCACCGUCCUGUGUUUAUCAUUCUCUCCAGUCUCCACCAGACUAGAGGUUAUUUUACAUAAUAUAUCGCUUCACCUUCCUGUGUUAUUGCAUUGUAAUAGGAUCAUUUGAAAUCCCAUUGAAUCAAGUACUUACAACAGCCUGGACAAGCCUUCCUCAACCCAAUCCUCGUUGCACCCCAGUCGUUCCAUAAUGAUGGUGUAACACCAGCACACCUGAUUCAAAUUAACAGCAGCUUGAUGAUUAGUUGACUACUUUCAGGUGUGCGGCUGUUAGAACUACAUCAAAUCUUUUUAACGGCUGGCCUAGACCACAGGUGGUUGGUGGACCCUUCAUUUGGGAGGAGGGGGCUCGUGGUAAUGGGCUGGAACGGAACAGGUGGAAUGGUAGCAAAUACAUGUUUGAUGCCAUUCCAUUCGCUCUGUUCCACCCCUUAUGAGCCGUCCUCCCCUCAGCAGCCUCCAUUGGCCUGGACGGUAGCUAGACCUUCUCAGAACCACUAUAAAUAUUAAAACACAAAUAUAUUUAAAUCAUGCAAAUAAGGAGGCUGCGACAACCUUGUGUAAAAAACAUUUUUUUAAUUAUAUUACAAUUAAAGAAUACACCGUAAUACCUUCAAGUGUGUGCCAAAAUGUUAUCCAGCACCAGGUAAACUCAUGUAUCCAUACAUAGGAAUUUAUAUAAUAUAGCACAUCUUUUGAAAGCAUAUUACAACAUCUGCUAUUAAAGGAACAUAUUCACAGGUCUCUGGCACAGAACUCUCCCUACUCAGUGUUUUGCCUGACUACGAUGCCAAGCUCCCUCAGCCCCCUUCAUCCUCUCCCUCCCUCUGAACCUAAUCUCAACCAGCCCCCCCCCCCCCCCCUCUGGCCAAAGUUCCGAGGCCCCUAAACUGUCUAUCAACGAGACACACAACACCCUCGGGAUUAAGAGUUCUCUCAUGCCAACUCGACAACAAGACGACAACAAGAGAACGAUCGCAGAACUCAUAACAUAAAAGAGGAAAGAAAUCAUUCCUAUCUUCAGACGGUGCUCUAGCAAUGUCACACAGAAAGGACAGUAACGGGUUAGAGGGAUUAAGAAGAGAGACAAUGAUACACUUGGGACUAAAAUCUACAUUUCAUGUUGCUAUUAAAGCUGAUUUAAGAUGGGAUUCCAUAGGUGUCUGAUGACUGUCCGCAAGGGGGUGGAAAGAAAAUCAAAGUGACUAGUUAUUUGGCAGGAAUCGGGUUUUCGUUACGGCAUUAUUCGAUUGUUUGUUCAUAGCGCUGCACUUGGAAAGGACAGAGGACAGGAAUGGGUUCUAUUUGUCUCUGAAAGUAACUGUCAGACCUGAGCUCAAAUAGAAAGAUUUCAAAUACUUUGCUUGUUAAGUCUGCCUGCCAGCCAAAUGGGUGGGAUUUGCUCUUUUGGGCCCAUUCCAUUAAAAACAGGCAGACAGCCACAAUCAAACACAGCUAAAGUGUUUUCAGAGAUUUCACAAUACUAUGUGAACCCAGGUCUGAGUGUAUGUCCGUCUGUUGACUUUCCCCUUGCCUCUAUACAGGCUUCACUUGUUUGGUCUGAGCCUCAACCUUAUUUCACCCCAAUCUCUCCCUCCCACCCUCCUGCUGACUCCCUUGGCAGCAAUAGCCUUGCAGACAGACUCAAUCAUCAUUUUGCUGUGCUUUUGUGCUUUGAAAAGAAAAAUGAAACACACUUGGAUAAAUUUCAGAGACUAGAUGAUUUUUAAAGCAGGGAUCAACCACCUCUCGGCUUCGACAACAGUCAACACAUCUUGAUUGAUAAGUGUGUCAACCCCCCCCCCCCCCCCCCCCCCCCCGCUCUGACGUUUAAAGGAAGCUUGUUGGACAGCACCAUCGAUUACUUUUACAAUAAUGUUGUUUUUGCAUUGUGAAAGGGUUGAGAGUCGAGCACACAUCUUUCAACCGAUACUUUCCCCAGGCGUUUCCAAACUCAUUCACAAGUCAACACAUUUAGUGUUCAAUGCCUAUCGCCAAGUGAUUUGCUCGACAAUCUCUGUCACACUUUAAGUACAAUCUCUCUGGUUAAAAGAAAACAAAGUUAUUUUCAAGGCACAUCAUUGAAAGAAAUUCCAUAACCACUCUCCAGCAGUCUUAUUCCCUGAAACCUAGUGAGCGCAAGACUUUGAAAAGGCCACGUCUUUUCAACCAAAAAAGUCAUUUUCAACACAAAAUAUACAUUUUUCAACCAAAAAGACGUCUGCUUAACGUCUUUUCAACUUCUUUUGCUCCUGCAUUCAGUAUCUGAAUCAGUAUCCUCCUCUGCUAAUACACCUGCCCUCCAACCACUCACUCUUUCUGAACGUGCGCUAUGUGCAUUAUAAAAUGAUGUCGCUGAACAUGAGAAAUCUCAUACCUGGCCCACGUGUGUUUCCGUUUACUCAUUGCCUCACAUUAGCUGAUGGGAGGUUCUGUGCAAGAGAAUAUUUUGUUUUCAUUUGACAAGUUUUACUCAGUUGUUCAUUUCAAAAGCAAACUGAAAGAGUAGUACAUCUGUGCUCCUAACAGUCGUGUACAUAGGUCCUUGACAUGAAUGUAAACUCAAGAACUGAUCUUUCUCGGUUAGUUUCUUUUCGCCCUCCUUCAGUGUAUGGAGAGAGUUCAGAGGUAAAAUCCAUCAACAGAAAUGUUAACAUUGUUGGUCACAAAAUGAACCACAGAGUCGAAGCACAAAUCUGUCUUUUUCUUUUUUUUCAAAACCCAAGCCUGCCUACCAACCAACCGCCCACUUCCUCUUUAAAAAGCACAAGAUGGUCAUAUUGCUGUGUCUCGAGACGCCCCAUGACCACCAGGGUCACGGUAAAACUAUGGUAGUAGAGUAGAGUAGGGAAGGUGCCACCGGGAGGAGGGAGGGAGGAGAACACCACGAGCUGCCUUCAUUGAUUGGAUUUCUCCUCCCUUCUCCUCACCCAAAUGGUUUCCUGUUCAAAAACAAGUGCAUUUCAUAAACAGAGCUAAAACAAAAUGGCUGCCACAACAACAAAUUAAGCAGUUUAAACCCUUAAUCAGGUUGACUGAUUGAACCCCAAUAAUGACCAGCCAGGGCGAGUGAAUGGAAGCUGCCAUCGGGAGUUACCAGUAUGGUCAGUGUUGACUUUAAGCGGUGUGGCAGGCAGGCGUCAAGUGGGUAGGGCGUACCUGGCAACCGCACCAGGGGUACACCUUGAGGAGUACUCGAUGGAGGCAAAAGGGGCUAAAAUCAGUUCUUCACGUGCCCCUUCUUCACUCAAGGAGGAGACAGAUUUACCAUUUGGCUUGGGAUGGAAGGGGUUAAAACAAAGUGUUCAUCUACUCCGAAAAGGGGUGGAGCUGGGGGGCAAGGGGGUGGAGCUGGGGGAGUGUGUAGCAGGGUCAAGACCUGAGUAGGGAUGGAGGGAGGAGGAGGGAGGGGGGCACACGACAACAGUCACCAAGGCACAGAAUGACAUUGGGGAGAGAUCUAGAGAAGGGGGCAACCAGGUUCCUAGCUUCCCUGUUCUACACUCUCUCUACCUUCAACUAGCCUGGCCUUCUGUCUGUCUGCCUGUCAUAUAUUUAUAUAGAUAUACUCUUCUUUUUUGUCUUUUCGUUAAACGAGAACAUUUAGGAAAAUAGAAUAGAAAAUAUAGAC